AAUUUUAAUUUAUGAUAAAUUUAAAAUUUUUCUGGCAUUUUUUCCAUAUAAAUAGCAGCAUAUAAAUCUACAGUGGAUUUCAAGCAAAUAACUUUCAACAAAAAACACAUGAAAAACGAAAAAAAAAAUUAAAAAACUAAAAUGUAUGCAUUAAAUUUAUGCAGCGCGUGUGAAAAUACAUAUUUUCUAUGUACCAUGUGAAAUUAAAAAAUGCCCAAUAACAACAAAAGUUUGCUAAAAAAGUGCUGGAGUAAAAAUUCCGGCAUUGCUUAAUGCGAAAUGUGUGUAUAUUUGAAUAUGCAGGCCAUAAAAAAUGCAACAACCAAUAAAAUAUAUGCAACAUACAUAAAUACAUAUGUAUAUUGACGAUGAACUGAACUGAAUAUAUGGGUUAACAGUAAUUUUUGCGUGCGAAACUUGCAAGCUGCUCAACAAAAAAUUCAAAUAAUUACAAUAAAAUAGUACAAUAACAAAGUAAGUGCAACAAAAACAACAAAUUAAAAAUAAAUAUUCCGCGCGUAAAAGCCGUUAUACUGAAAUAGUAAAUAUUUCUAAAAAAGUCAUAAAAAAUUUACUUAGUAAUUACAUUACGGUAUCAUCAUAAAUUCACUUUCAAUCAAAUAGUGUUAAAAAUGCAUUGAAGUGCGCAUGUUUAUAAAAAAUGUGUGAAAAUCAACAAUGAAAAAGUGCUUGCCAUAAAUUGUAAAUCACAGUUUAAACAUACUAUAAAAAACAAAUGUAAAAUAAAUAUGUAAAAAACCGUGUAAAAAUUCAUGACUUUGAGGAGAAAAAAUUUCCGAAUUUAGAAUAAUUUUAAGCUAUGUCUGCAUAUUACAGUGUCCAAUUAAAAACCCAAAAAUAAAAUAAAAUCAUUUAAGCUCUAAAAUAUAUUUCAUUAAAGUAUAACUGUGUGCAUAAAUCAUAAUAUUAUGUGUAAAGUGCUUAGAAACUUAGAACAAAGAAAAAUAGAAAAAUCGCAAAACUUGAAAAUUAACUACCUAAACUUAGUAAAUUUAAAUGCUACUAAAAUAAUUAAGUUAAAAAGCUUCCGCUAAUUAAAAUAAAAAGUGAAUCAAGUAAGUUUGUGUAAGAUAAAAAAUAAUUUAAAAAAAUAAAAAAUAAAAAUUUAAAUUUCAUAACAAUUAUAAAUAAAUAACUAGAAAGUACGCGUGGUUUUUGGUUGGUUCAAAGUGAGUGCGGAAUAAAAAUUUCAAUAAAUUGUAAGUGAAAAGUAAAUUAGUUAAUAAUAAAAUUAAAACUACACACAAAAAACAAUGUAAUAAUUUUAUUAAAGCUAUCAUUGUAAGAAAAAAGUAAUUUCAUAAAAAUAGCUGUAAUAGUAAAAGCAUGCACAGUGUGUUGUAUAAGUGUUAAAACUUAGUAAAAAAAAAAUAUUAUAAAAAAUAAAGAAAAAUUGCAAAAAUGUAAUAGCCUGCGUGGUGGUCACUCAAGUGUUAAAAUUCACAAAAAACCAACAAUAACAAAAAAAUUGUAAUAUUAAUAAUUGUGUUAUUAAGCAGGCGAAAUAACUACGUUAAAAGCAUUUGCUGCAGCACGAGAAUGGGUAUGCCGCACGCAAAAGGCUAAAAGUCCGCGCUAUUUGCUCAAUUACAUGUCCCCGAACAAUGUGCGACGACACUGCGUAUGAGCAACAAUGCCCCGCAUACUGAGGCACAGCUGUUGCAAGGACACUAACAGAUUAAUUGCCAGCGUCGGCUCUAGCGUGGCGCGCACUUAAAGAUACAUCCGCUAUUAAAAAUAAAUAAUAAUACAGUCGCCAAACUUGGACGACAUUGGAAUUUGCGCAAAAUGCCGCUGCGGAACACCGAGUAUAACGCAGCAAACGAAGCAGUGGCUUGGCGUGGCCAUGUCACAGCACUGAGCGCAGAGCUAAUGCCCGCGAUGCUGGUGAAGCAGUUGACUUGUGAAUUCAUUAAGAAUGCAUGGCAAGUAAUAACGGCAACGCAGCCAUUGGCAAUAACAAGAGCAAGAAAUUUCGCUGAACUGACUGCGAAGCCGUUGAAGAAUGAAGCCAAGGAGACAAAGGCGUCCAAUACAAAAGCGAUAGCGCAAAUUGUGGCAGUGAAGUAGAGUAAAGAGAAGUAAAAGUAAAAGACAAAAACUUUAAGCAGAAGAUACAAAAUAUACAAAAUCGCUGGAACUUAGUUAACAAGUAAUAUUAAAGCAACAAAAUUUAGUAAUAAAAGCAACGAAACAACUGGUUACAGAGUUGCCAGUUAAUUUGAAAUACAAAUUUCAACUUUCAGAAAAAAUGUUUUCUGAAGAUAAACAACUGCUGAACGCUGAAAUCUUUCGAAGAAUUUCUUAGAAAAAAUUCGAAAAAAUUGUUCAUCAAGCAACUCAGCUGGAACAGCAAGUCAAGUGGGUUAUGUUUUAACGGUAACAAAAAAAAUAAUCUAAAAUAAUAAUAAAAAAAAUUAGUAAUCUAAUCAAUAACAGUAAAUAAUAUAAAGUAUAAACAACGAAAUUGAAAAAUUUAAUUUCACCAAAUAUUCGAAACAAUCAAAUAACGCGCUAAAACAACACAAAUAAAACAACAAUAAAAUUUAAUAGAAAAUCAAACAACAAAAUAUUGGCGCAAAUUAUACAAAAGCGAAGACGAAAAACCGCAACACAAAACGACAAAAGCAAAAAAAGAAAAAAAAACUCCUCAACAAAUCUAGAAAACCAAAGCAAAGGAAACGAAUAAACACGCAACGAGACAACACCGUAAACCAACAAAAAUAAAAAACAAAAAAUCUAUCAAGAUGAGUGAUGACCAAACAACGCCCAAUGAUGAUAAAGUUGCCAAACAUCAAGUCGUUGCCUACACACAAAAAUCGCAAAUCAAACACGAGAAUCGUCACAUACAAUUGGUGCGUGAGUAUGGCUUCCAUCCGCGGACGAAGGCGACUGUCGAGGAUGGCGACGUGUUGCCAAAGAAAUUCGAGCCGUUUCCGGAGAAUAUGUACGGCAAACCACUGGAGGAAAUUGAUAAUUUCAUCUAUGAAGAGACAUUCUGUGUGGUCUCCAAACGUUUUCGUAAAAACUACAUACACCGCUUCACCGGUACGAAGAGUCUCUUCCUUUUCCAUCCAUGGAGUACGGCGCGUCGUGUCUGCGUCUACAUAGCAACGAAUCAAUUCUUCGACUACUGCGUCAUGGCCACAAUUCUGUUCAAUUGCAUUUUUUUAGCUAUGACCGAGACGGUGGAAGAAGCCGAAUACAUCUUCCUUGCAAUUUAUUCCAUUGAAAUGGUGAUUAAAAUCGUUGCCAAAGGCUUCCUACUCAACAAGUACACCUAUCUGCGCAAUCCAUGGAAUUGGCUGGAUUUCGUGGUUAUAACUAGUGGUUAUGCCACUAUCGGCAUGGAGGUGGGCAAUCUGGCCGGUUUACGUACAUUUCGCGUGUUGCGCGCCCUAAAGACUGUUUCAAUAAUGCCAGGACUAAAGACUAUCAUUAAUGCACUCUUGCACUCAUUUCGCCAAUUGGCCGAGGUCAUGACAUUAACCAUUUUUUGCUUAAUGGUCUUCGCACUAUUCGCACUGCAGGUUUACAUGGGUGAACUGAGAAAUAAGUGUGUUAGAAAUCUUCCAGACGAUUGGGUUAAUACCACAGACUUGGAGUGGCGCAGCUGGAUCAACGACACAGACAACUGGCUGUACGAUGACGAGGAAAUGCCAAUGCUUUGUGGCAAUCUGACUGGCGCUCGCCACUGCCCUACGGAUUACACUUGCCUUUGUGUGGGUGAGAAUCCAAAUCACGGUUAUACGAAUUUCGAUAACUUUAUGUGGUCCAUGCUAACAACCUUCCAGUUGAUUACAUUGGACUAUUGGGAGAACGUGUACAAUAUGGUAUUGGCCACAUCUGGUCCCAUGAGUGUGUCAUUUUUUACCGUGGUUGUGUUUUUUGGCUCAUUUUAUUUAAUUAAUCUAAUGUUAGCCGUAGUUGCACUAAGUUACGAGGAAGAAGCCGAAAUCACAAAUGAAGAACGCAAGAAAGACUUAUUGGAUCAUCGCGAUGAUUCAACAUUUAGCUUCGACCCGUCCGUUUUAAAUGUUAAAAAAUUAAAUAAGAACAAUAAAAAGAAGAUCGAUUCGCGUAAGGGUGUACUGCUAGCGUCGUACAGUAAAAAGAAGACACGUCGAAAAAAGGUUAAAGGUGGAAAAGACGGUGCCAACAACAAUAAUGAUAGCAACGGAAAUGGCCAAAAUAAAAGUAGAUCCGUUACGCCCAGCCCCGGUCCAAGUCCACGUCAUAGCAAUGCUGAACGUCCCAAACAGCUGCAGCUGCAGCUCACCACCACCCCUCAACAGCAGCAGCAGCAGCAACAAUUAUUGCCAACUACACCUAUUGCCCAACAACAGCAACAACUUAACGAACAACAACAAAUAUCACAAGCAACACCACAAGCGCUAACACCGAAAGAAGCGCAGACUGCACGCACACGUAUUUGCUUCCAAGAAGAUGGCAAUAAAAAUCCAAAUAUGCUAUAUCCAUCCGAUUAUAAAGGCCAAUUGCUGCCUGGUAGCCGUCAGGCCAGUUCCAAUUCGAGUGGUGUAAAUCGUGAGUCAUCACAAGACGAUUCCGGUGUGGUGGAUGAUCAUGAAGAGCAGGAAGCCGGCACCGAAAUGGUGAAUGUAUCCACAGUGGAGCUGCCAAAUGAGUUGACCUCCGUUACGUUGGCGCUGUCGCCGCGUGAGGUGCGUCUCAUCAAGUGCAAUGGCAACAUUGCACGCAUUAAGAAGCAUAACAUUUAUGCGCUGCAUCAGGAAUUUUCCUCGGAAAUUGUGGUGAUCGAUGAUCUUCCCGAUCGUAAUUGUGAUAGAUGCAUACAAUGUUGCGUCAACUAUGAAGGUUGGCUGCAGUUUCAAAACUGUCUCUAUAAGGUGGUGCGUGAUCCACUCUUCGAAUUAGCUAUAACACUUUGCAUAGUAUUAAACACGGCAUUUCUAGCCAUGGAGCAUCAUGGCAUGAGUGAGAACUUUCGCAAUGCAUUAGACGUAGGAAAUAAAGUUUUUACAUCGAUUUUCACAUUCGAAUGCAUCAUUAAAUUAAUGGCAUUGUCGAAGGAUUUUUUUCUAUGCGGCUGGAACAUAUUCGAUCUGAUAAUUGUGACAGCCAGUUUAUUAGACAUAAUAUUUGAGUUGGUGGAUGGUCUUAGUGUGUUGCGGGGCUUGCGUUUGCUCCGCGUGCUCAAGCUAGCACAAUCGUGGACCACAAUGAAGGUCCUGCUCAGCAUUAUCAUAUCGACAAUAGGUGCUUUGGGUAAUCUAACCCUGAUUUUAGUUAUAGUCAUAUAUAUUUUCGCUGUGAUCGGUAUGCAAUUGUUUUCGAAAGAUUACACACCCGAAAAAUUCGAUCCAGACCCAGUGCCAAGGUGGAAUUUUAAUGAUUUUUUCCAUUCGUUUAUGAUGAUAUUUCGCAUUUUGUGUGGUGAGUGGAUUGAACCGCUGUGGGAUUGUAUGCGUGCGGAGGAGGAGCAAGGCGCCUCAUCGUGCUUUGCUAUAUUUUUGCCAACGUUGGUCAUGGGCAAUUUCAUGGUGCUUAACUUGUUCUUGGCGUUGUUGCUCAACAGUUUCAAUUCGGAGGAAUUGAAAUCGAAAAAAGAGAUAUUCAAAAAGAAGGAAGUCGGCGAAGAGUCGAAAUUGGCGCGCAGCAUCGAGCGUGUACGCGAUCUGAUACGCAAGAAGCGACAGGAGCGUAAAGAGCGCAAGGAACGCAAAUAUGCGACCAAGUUUCAGCAGAUUGUCAUGGAGGCGCAGCAGGCGGCGGCGCAGGUUAUCGAAAAGCCGAGCUUGUUAACCGAGACGAAACUGCAUCGGUUGAGUUAUCAGGAGUCCAUGAAUCGGCCGGUGUCCGGUUCGGAUUUCGGCUUUCAAAUACCGUUGAAGGAUGCGCUGCACACGAUCGUUGACGGUGUGGAGAGUGAGCAUGAGCUUUCCGAGCAUCAGCAACUUCAUCAACAACAACAACAACAACACUUGCAAUCGCCCACACAGCUGCAACAACAGCAACACUACAUGCUACUGCAGCAGCAACAACAGCAGCAGCAGCAACAACAAUUGCAUCAUAUGCAAUUACAGCAGCAAGCGCCCUCCUUCGAUGGCAUUACAACAACUACAAGCUCCUGCCAAUUAGACAAUAAUAGUCGCAACGAUUACAAUACGCUUUAUCCGCAAGCGGAACGUCGUCUGCUGCAUCAAGUGUCUUCCGGUUUCGGCACCCAACACAACGAUUCGCGCGAUGAGCCCACAUACACCGAGUCCAUUGAGUUACGCCUUAUGGGCCAAUACAAUUCGACUGACACCGAUCCGUAUGCGAAUGAUCAGCGUAGCGGUUCGUUUAUGCGUGGCGAUUCACUGCAGGACACAUCGUCGCGCCGCUACUGCAGCGACGAACAUGACGAGGCGUAUUUGCAGUAUCAGAAGUCGUUGCUGACGCGUUCGCCCAGCUAUCGCAAGUCAUUGGAUCGCUUGUCGCAAUCGAGUGAUCAGUCGCAGCGUUCGCUGAUACCAUCGCGUAGUCUCAAGUCUGAUGACGACUUGCAUUUGGGUGUGCGACGACACUCGAGUGGUCACUCGCUGAACACCAUAUCUAUGGAGCACGACGAGCUGCUCUCGCAUCAGGGUAAUUUGCGCGAUGAACUGCUGAACUGUGAGCACAAGGAGCUGUUCCAAUUUCUGCAAGAUGAUGCGGAUAAUAGCAACAAUUAUUUCAGCGAAACCGUUGGUUAUGGUUCGGCGUAUGUUGAUGCCGACACAGAUUCGCUGAUUGUCGAUGGGCGUAAGGAGGAACGCAAGCCGUCGACCAGCAGCAUCAAAUCGAAUUUAAGCUAUAUCUCCAACUCGAUAAUGCAGCAGAUAGAGCAGCGUCGCAAUGGCAGUCAUGCGUCAAGCAAUGGUAAUGGACACGACAAUGAGGUGCUGCCGUUGGUCGAGCAUUCCGAGUUCGAUAAUAUCAUACAGAGUUUCGAGAAAGAGUUGGAGGAGAUUAAACGCUCAACCACGUCGUUGGAACGUCGCUUGUCCACACUCUCAGAACCCUCGCCUGCCGCCGACGAAGCCAAUAAAGCCAUACUCGAUCAUAUUGCGGUCAUAACGGGCGCCUCCGAGCGUUCAGCCGCUGAUGAGGUUGUACACCCACUCAACCCUUAUGAUAGUUAUGACCUAUCGACCGUGCCGCGUCGCCAACACCCACUACUGACGAGCACCGAUCGCAAUUCGGUGAAGAUAAAGCGUCGCAGCCUUGAGAAGCAACGGAAGAUCGACGAAGACUUUAGCAUAUCAAAUGAAAUACGCAAAAUCUGUGAUCAAAUACAUGCGCCAUUCGUGACCAUCGAAUCGAUGGCUGUGGCCGCCACGGUGACAGCGGCCGCAAAAUCGCCAUUUGCACGCCACAAGAGCGAUCAGUUUGCGGCACAAUUUGAUCGCUUCAAGCGAUUAUCGCUCAUCGAACGUGUCGAUGAAGUACCUGAAGAGGAGAAACCCAUAUCAACGCUGCGCAUGGAGUCGGAGAAAUUGCCACGCAAGUGCCUCACCACAGACGCCAUCCGACUUGAUAGCCUCUCAUUGAAAAGCACCAAUUCAUAUGAGAAUUUGCUAAUACAAAAGCAACAAUUGAGCCGUCAACAGAGUAAUCAACGUGGUGAUGCCGGCUCAUUGUCAUCGUCCGGUGUGGCUGUACCACCAACGCCACCGACAUCGCUCAAGUCGCAGCUCGAACCGCCAACACUAGCACAAAUAUCCUCAAUCAAGACCACGCCGCCGCUAGCGGCACUCACUGAGCACCAACAACAUUACCACGCCUCGAAAAUACAUGACCCACCACCACCACCACUACUACUACCAUCACAACACCAAUUACUUCCGUCAGCAACAAGAACCAACAUUUCCACAACUUGCACCACCACCACCACCACGACCAUCCGCCCAAGGGCUGCCGGCGAUGUGGGCGAUAUGCGCGCCAAACGCUUCGCCGAGCAUCCUCAAUCGACUCUAGACAAAGCCGCUUCCUUUCAAUCCACACGCACUGAAUCGCAUAGUUCAUGCGGUGGCGGCAUAGCCGAUACCAGUUCGGUACUGGCACUAGGUUAUUGCGUGCCGGAUGCGCGCCCAUCUGCGAGCGGUGCUAUGGUUGCGGAGAGCGCCGAACCAACACAGAAGUCGGCGUUCUCGCGUUUGACAGAAAAACCAUGGCAUUGUCUGGUCUCCUACGUAGACGAUCUCACAGUAGGUGGGAGACGUAACUCGCAGGGAGCAUACAAUGAUCCCAUGACUUUUCCAAGUUUCGGACAAUCGAAAACACCGAAAGUGCCAGACGAUUGCUUCCCGCAGAAGUGUUACGAGCACUUCUACUUCCGCUGUCCAUGGUUCAUGUCGUGCAUGGACACGAAGAGCGCCAAACAUUGGACACGCAUAAGGACGGCUGUCUUGGCGGUUGUCGAUACUCCAGCCUUUGAGUGGUUUGUGCUAGUGCUCAUAUUCGCGUCGAGCAUCACACUCUGUUUCGAGGACAUCUACUUGGAUAGCAAUAAGACACUGAAGCGUAUACUCUAUUGGACGAAUUUCUCAUUUUGUCUGAUCUUUGUCGUUGAAAUGGUUUUGAAAUGGCUAGCGUUGGGGUUUUCCAAAUAUUUUACGAGUUUUUGGACAAUAUUGGAUUUCAUUAUAGUCUUCGUCUCCGUAUUCUCAUUGCUCAUUGAGGAGAAUGAGAAUCUCAAGGUUUUGCGUUCGCUACGCACAUUGAGAGCUUUACGUCCGCUACGCGCCAUAUCACGGUGGCAAGGAAUGCGAAUUGUAGUAAAUGCUCUCAUGUAUGCAAUACCGUCAAUUUUUAAUGUACUUUUAGUUUGUUUAGUCUUUUGGUUGAUAUUUUCCAUAAUGGGUGUACAAUUUUUCGGUGGUAAAUUUUUCAAAUGCCUUGACGAUGAUGGUGAAUUGCUGCCAGUGACGGAAGUGAACGACAAAGCCGAUUGCAUUAAACAAAAUUACACCUGGAUCAAUUCGAAGAUCACUUUCGAUCAUGUCGGCAUGGGCUAUCUGGCGCUGCUGCAAGUGGCCACCUUCGAAGGUUGGAUGGAGGUGAUGGCCGAUGCAGUGGACGCACGCGGCGUCGAUCUGCAGCCACAACGCGAAGCGAAUCUCUAUGCCUACAUUUACUUUGUGAUCUUCAUUGUUUGCGGCUCAUUCUUCACGCUCAAUCUAUUCAUUGGAGUUAUUAUCGAUAAUUUCAAUAUGCUCAAGAAGAAGUAUGAAGGAGGAGUGUUGGAAAUGUUUCUCACCGAAUCUCAAAAACACUAUUACACCGCCAUGAAAAAGUUGGGACGAAAAAAACCACAGAAAGUCAUUAAGCGACCAAUAAAUCAUUUUUUAGCAAUGUUUUAUGAUUUAUCAAAUUCGAGAAGAUUCGAAAUAGCCAUAUUUGUAUUGAUUUUUUUAAAUAUGUUAACAAUGGGUAUCGAGCACUACAAUCAACCGCAUUCUGUGUUUUUCAUACUCGAAGUAAGCAAUGCAUUUUUUACCACCGUCUUUGGUCUGGAGGCGAUCGUCAAGAUCAUCGGUUUGCGUUAUCACUACUUUACUGUGCCAUGGAACGUAUUCGAUUUCCUACUUGUACUCGCCUCAAUUUUCGGCAUCCUCAUGGAGGAUAUCAUGAUCGAUUUGCCCAUCAGCCCAACCCUAUUGCGUGUGGUACGCGUCUUUCGCAUCGGUCGUAUACUGCGUCUUAUUAAAGCGGCCAAGGGUAUACGUAAACUAUUGUUCGCUUUAGUUGUCUCACUGCCGGCGCUAUUUAAUAUUGGCGCUCUACUGGGAUUGAUCACCUUCAUCUAUGCUAUAUUGGGCAUGUCACUGUUCGGCCAUGUUAAGCUGCAGGGCGCCUUAGAUGAUAUGGUGAACUUUCAGACAUUCGGACGCAGCAUGCAGCUGUUGUUUCGGCUAAUGACCUCCGCUGGUUGGAAUGAUGUGCUGGAAUCACUGAUGAUUCAACCACCCGAUUGCGAUCCCUUCUUCAAUAAGCAAACAAAUGGAGACUGCGGCCAUCCACUUCUGGCCAUCACCUAUUUUACUAGUUUCAUUAUAAUCAGUUAUAUGAUUGUGAUUAACAUGUACAUUGCAAUUAUUUUGGAGAAUUUCAAUCAGGCACAUCAAGAGGAAGAGAUCGGUAUUGUCGAAGACGAUUUGGAAAUGUUCUAUAUCAGAUGGUCCAAAUACGACCCACACGCUACACAAUUCAUACACUUUGGUCAACUUUCGGAUUUCAUUGCCUCGCUCGAUCCACCGCUUGGCAUUUCGAAGCCCAACACUGUAGCGUUGGUCUCAUUCAAUUUGCCGAUAUCGAGGGGUAAUAAAAUUCAUUGCCUUGAUAUAUUACACGCACUAGUCAAACAUGUGUUGGGUCAUGUUGAGGAGACGGACAACUUUAAGCAGUUGCAGGAACAAAUGGACGUGAAAUUCAAGAAGCAAUUCCCCACGCGCAAAGAGUUGGAAAUUGUUUCGUCGACACGUAUAUGGAAGCGUCAGGAGAAGGCGGCCAAAACUAUACAGAAUGCCUGGCGUGAAUAUCAACGCAUGAAGAAGGAGAAGGAACGCUCAAACUCGGGUGACAGCAUGACGCAGACAUCAAGCCCCGGCGGAUGGCAGUCCAAACUGUCAGCGCUCAAUUUCUUCCAUCUGCAAGUCAGUCGUCGUGGCACACAAUGCUCCAGCCGCGCAUCCUCACGCAAGUCUUCACGCGCCUCUGACGCCUCCGAUCUAAGCGAACUGGCCGGCCCCUGGCUAAAUCUGCCGCUAAUGUUGGUCUCUGGCGCCGAUGAUGUGGUGAAAGACAUCAAACAGCAAAGCGAGGAGCUUGGCAAGCGUCCUAUUUCUAGAAUGUCCUCUUGUCUCUCCCUAACAUAUGAGUCAUUGCUAGCAGACAUGGUCUCAAACGUUUUACAAAGUGGCUCACAGUCAAGUGAUUUAGAUUUAUUAGCAAAUCACAAUGAUUGUGAAAGAGGCAUCUCACCAAUAACAACAGCAAUUUCCUCCACAACCAUAGCCACCGAUAGACAAACCUUACAACAACAGCAACUACAGCAACAACAACAAUCAGCAUUACCAACGCAAAUAGCGCCAACGCCAACACGUAAACGUGCCACGAGUUUUAUACGUAAAAAGCCACCGCUUGAAAGAGCCGAUGGUUCAGCACCGGAAGUGAUCGUUACGAAACCAUCGCCCGAGCAGCAAUCGGGUCCGUUGGGUUUAAGGCCGGAAAAUUCAACUUUGGUGCAUGUGUUGGUGCAUCGGGAGAGUGAGGAGUACAAGGAGGAGGAGGAUGAGGAGUUGGAAGGCGGUGGUAUGUCCCCAGUUGGUGUAAUUGACAAAUACAAACCACCACAAAUACAUAUUAGUCCCGGCUCUGAAGAUAUACGUUUCGAUGAGCUGUUACCAAUGCAAAUGCCGGUCGUACAAAUAAUGGUGGAUAGUCCCAAAGAGCCACCACGUGGUGAUUUCUCUGAAGACUUUCCAGCGACAACAACACACGUUUACGAUUACUAUCCACCCACUGGUGAGCAGCUAGUUACGGAGGAAACUGCAAUCGGACCAACGGUGGAGAUUUCACCAGCCACACCGAUCGAUUUGAAUGCACCUAUCGAUGUGAAUAUACAGGGCGACACAUCGAAAGUAUUCUACGAUUAUAAUCCACAGGAUGCCAAUGAAAUCAUUGUGUUGGAGACAUUAACCGAGGAGUCACCCAAAUCCGAAGAACUACCGCUACCACUACAAGCUGUACUGCCGGCGUUAUCAACUGCGACAACACCAACUUGUGUAACGGCCAUACCAACAACAACAGGCAUGCACGAGAGCAGCAGCAGCAGCGCCAGUGAGAGUGGUACACCUGAAGAAGGUGACCGCGCGGUAAGAUGACCUUCACUACAAACAGCACCGGUGACCGAGAGCUCCGGCUCGUCGAGCACCAGUUGCUGUAGCUCACGACCCAUGUCGACGUACAGUUCCACGUCGGCGGCCGAUGCCUGUGCGGUGCCAGAAAUGCCAAAGGAUAAUGAAACGCCGACGUCGCAGCCGCCGCCAACAACAACAAUGUCACCUACUGCUUCCACAUCAACGGCGGCGGCGGCGGCGGCGAUAGUCACUGCCACCAGUGACCCGAAUGCACAGGAUCAGCAAGCGCUUGGCGCUCAGGCCAAUGCCGCAACGAAAUCCGAACACACACACGGCAGUUGACAAUCUCGAGCAUGAGGAUUGUUGCCCGCCAUCUGUCGUUGCGCCAAAUUAGCUAUCAAAUAUGCGAUUAGUACAAGCUGUUGAUAUGCAUACCAUUAAGUACUCACACACACACACACCCAUACACACGCGUGUUUCCAUAUUCGUUAAUGCUUCAAAUACAAACACACAUACAUACAUACAUAAAAUAUAUGAAUUGUUCCAUUUGCUAAAAUCCAGAUUUGUAAUGUAGUCGGUGGGUGUCACAGGCAUUACAAAAAUAAAAACAAAAACAAAAAUGCAUUAUUUAGAAAUAAUUAGCAUAAAAUAUUUAUGUAUGUAGUUGUUAUGUGAGCGUACAAAACGUAAACCAAUAAAUAGCAUAUGCAGCAAAAAUUAGUAUAAAAAACAAAAAUAAAAACAAAAACCAAAUUUAACAUACAAGGAAAUCAAAUGUUAACAAUUACAAAACAAUAGUCAGUACAGGCAGUAAAUAGCAGCUAAGUUCAAGUAUUUAGUCUAAGUUGCGUCACAAUUGCAAUGAGCGCGUAUGUUGAAAUACUUACAGUUAAUUUAGCGGUAUAAAUUUAUAUAUAGGCUUAAUAUACAUACACAAACAGAGAAAAUAUAUAAUAGAUAUAUAUAUAUAUAUAGAUAUGACUUUGUACAUACAUAUGUAUACUAAAAAAAUAUUUGAGGUUAAAUAUGCCGUUGUUGUUAUUUAGAGAGGUUGUUGCAUUUUUGUAUGUACAUAAAUGUAAGUAGUUAUAUACAUAUGUAUAUAAUAAUAUAUGUAUGUAUAUGUAUUUGUAAGUAGCAAAAUCAGUAAUUAUAAAAGAGGGCUUAAUUUUAGCUAGCUCUUAGUUGUACAUACAUGCAUUUGAAACAUUAAAAAUUUCAUUAAAAAUAUAAUAUUAACAAUUUUGGUGCAAAUAUUUCAAUUUAGAGCACUACAAAAAUUAU